AUGGAUGAACAGAAUGCAGUGCAUUUACAAGGAUUUAAAGAUUUAACUUAUUAUAACGAUGAUGAUGGUUUUCAUGAAAACACUGAAGAGUCAGACUAUUUAUGGCAACUGGAAGUCGGGGAAACGGAAGGCGCUGAGGUGCAAGAGCAAAGCCAAAAAAAAGUCUCCUUUGAGAAUGACGAGAAAUCGCUUGAUUUAACGCAAUUAAGUACUAAAGAUAAACCUACUCGACGCAACAGCUUAUAUGAGCUUGAUUCUUUCACCAAAUCUAACUUCGUAGAGAGGAGCAGUGAAGAUAUUGAGGAAAUAAAAACUAAGGCGUUGAUACGCUUUUUUGAUUCACUGGGGAAAUCAGAAGUAGCUCGUAUAAGAUUGUCACCACUUACUCAAAAGUUUCUCGGCUGCGUGGUAGAUGAGAACGUAGCAACAGAACAUCCAUGGAUUACUAUAAACAAGGAAUUGAUCCAAGAUAAUCUCGACCUGCACUCUGAUAGCAGUGAUUUCUUACCAAUAAUUGAUAGCAUCCAGUCGUACCCAGAGCAGCAGUUACUUUUGGCUUAUGCUCCGACGGCAAUAGACAACAAUGUUUUCUACAUAUGCCUAACACAAAAAAGCUAUGGCGCUGCUACCCACUACAUCGAAUCUCGACGUCUAGAGCAGCAGCAAUGUGUAAUGAGUGCAGUUCAAAAGAUUCCUAAGUACUGGCAGCCCCUUGGCAGCGCCGAUUUUAUUAGAGAAUCGUUCAUCAAAAAGUCACGAUUACUUUACGAGGUUGAGGUAAACCUUUAUUACAGUUACAUACAAAUGAACUCCGCUUGGGAUAUGUACCAGAAUGACUACGCAAAGCUUGUCGCGUUUGGCAAUUUAACAAAAGCAAGCAUGAUAUCAAUAAAGGGGUAUAAAGAGCGACAAAACUUUUACAAUGGACAAUUAAGCCAAGGAUGUUUGAUCAAUGAUGUUACUUGGCAUCCACAAUGGACUGGCAUAAUGGCCGCAGCCUAUACCACCAUCAGCAAGAGUGAAAAUCUCAGUACCCGUAUGGUUCUCAAUCUGAAGUAUAAUCAUGCAAGUCAAGUUCUUCUUUGGUCCUUUGAUGAUUGCCUGAAACCUAAACUCAUCCUUGAAUCUAAGAGGGAAGUUACUACAGUUUCAUUUUGUCCUACCAAUGGAAAUAUUAUUGUUGGUGGUUGCAUUAAUGGACAAAUCGUUAUUUGGGACAUAACUGGAAAAAUAGAAGAAGUUGAAAUGAUCAUUGUGCAAACAUCAGCUCAAGCCAAAUACCAAACUUUUAUGAAAAGUCUCUCGACAUGGAUGAAGGAAGCACGCAGCUCGUCAAUCUUGAGGCCAACGGCUACAUCGUCAUUGCAAUUAAGUCAAAAAGGUCCAAUUACGAAAAUUAAAUGGCUCUCACCGUACAAUAAACUUGAUGAUAGAGGAAUACUUCACGAAUUACCAGAAAACACCGACGAAAAAAAUUUAAGUUUGCAAUUCAUUUCCUCCUGUGAAGAUGGUAGCAUUGCUUUUUGGGAUCUCAAUUGGCGACCAUCAACAGAUCAAAGAAAGAAAAAAGAAAACAAAGAAAGAAAAAAAAAUACAAAGAAGCCACAAAGUCUCAUACAAUCAAUAUCACCAUUCAAGAUUCUUGACGUUAUUUUCAAGCCUCUUUAUCUUUUGAUUGUUCAAAAUCCGAAUGAAACUCAUAAUGCUAUCAUAACGUCUAUGACUUAUCCUAAACCGGAUAUAAAAAAGGAACAAAUGGCACCAAUAAUACAAUCUGAUGAUAUAAUCACACGCAGAUACUACAAAGUAGUUAUGAAGAAACAGAAUAAAAUAUGUGGUGCGAAAAUUUUUGUUGGCACUGCCAGAGGCGAUUGUGGCGUUCUCUCUUGGGAUGGCUACGAAUUUUCCACUGGAGUAACUUUGAAUAAAGAGGUUUGCAAAUGGGUUUGGGUUAAACAAAUUCACGAUGGACCUGUAUGUCAUGUAUCCAGAUCACGGCAUUUGAAAGAUCUCAUAUUAACGGUGGGUGGACGAAUUUUUGCAGUUUGGCGUGAAGAUUUUGAAAUACCUAUAAUUUGGCGAAAAUCGCAAUAUAGAUAUACCGCUUGUAGUUGGGAUAGCAACAGACCAACUGUUUUUAUCCUUGGCCGCAAUGAUGGCACCGUUGAGACUUGGGAUAUGUUUAUUAAAAGCCACGAGCCAAAUAUCAUUGAAAGCAUGUCUGGACGAAUAAUCACGGGAAUUUAUACGCAUGAACUGCCUUUAAAUCCUCAAUGUAUUGCAUUUUGUGAUUAUAAUGGGGCUUUAAGAAUUUUUCUAACCCCUGACGUUUUAUUUGAAUCUAAGCAAAAUAAUGCUAAUUGGAUGCGUCAGUUUAUUGACCGAGAAGUGGAAAAAGAUAGAACCUAUAGCUAUAAAAAUGAAUGUAAUUUUAUAUCUAAUGAACAUAUUGUAGAAAAAUCUGGAUUACACAAUGUCACUGAAAAAAAAGAAGAAGUAGAGACAAAAGAAAAAUUAUUGGAAGAAGAGGCAAAAAUAGAAGCAAUUAGAAAUUCUAAAAAAAAUGCACGAAAGACUCUCAUCGAUAAACUACGAGCACGUUGGGUAACGCGUGAAAUGAACCGAAUGCAGCAAGUUAUACUUGAGAAAAAAGGCUUGAAUGAAGAGGAACUAGAAAGGCGACGAGAACCAAUACUAAGGAUAAAACGAGAGGCACACGACAAAGAAACAAAACGUCAAUACAUAAUUGAGACAGCCGAUAAGCUUUUCCUGAAUGUUGUGGGCUCUAAUUUUCCUCAUUACAAUAAAAAAUUACUUUCCCUCAACCAAGGGUUCGGUGAUGCAGUUUCUGUGGAAACGACUACAAUUAGCAACGUAAUUAUCAAAUUAAACUUUUCAUUAUAUUCAAUAAACGUAAAAUCUGAAGAGAAAAUUAUUCACAACUACGGGGAAAUAGAAUCGAAGGCAUUGCUUCUAAUACAACAGAAUUCAGACAAAUUAAAUUUCAGUUGGGAAAAGCUCAUAAAUGAAGGAAUGCAUAGAAAAAGAUCGAUAGACUUUAAUGUUGAAGCACAUGAAGUAAGACUGAAUUCGAUCGAUGAAGUAGAAAACGAAUAACUUGCAACCUAACAGCUUCUUAAGUAUUAUCUAAAUUUUGGAUAAACCAU